AUGGGGCUAAGACUUGCCAGCCUUUUUGCACUCUGGCUGGCUCUUUCCUGUGCUAAUGAAAUUAAAAAAGAAAGCAGAACCCAAAACCAUGGCCACUACGUCUGCAGUACCUGGGGGAACAAUCAUUUCAAAUCUUUUGAUGGAGACUUCUACCAGUUCCCUGGCCUCUGUGAUUACAACUUUGCUUCUGACUGCCGAGAGUCUUACCAGGAGUUCUCAGUCCACAUCCAGCGUGCUAUGAAUGAAAAUGGACACCCUAACAUCCAAUAUGUCCUGAUCACCAUAAAGGAUGUUGUAAUCUACCUCACCCAAAAUGCGGUUGUCGUGGAUGAGCAAAUUGUAACAACACCGUAUUAUAGUUCCGGUUUGCUGAUUGAGAACAGUGAAAUCUACACUAAAGUCUAUGCAAGAGCAGGCCUGGUUCUAAUGUGGAACCGUGAAGAUUCACUGAUGUUGGAACUGGAUUCCAAGUUUAACAACAACACAUGUGGUCUUUGUGGGGAUUACAAUGGGCAGCAGCUCUACAAUGAAUUUAUCUCUAACGACAUGACCUUCAAUCCGAUCACAUUUGGAAAUAUGCAAAAGAUUAACAAACCCAACACAGUAUGUGAGGACCCUGAUGAAACACAGACUGUCGCAACCUGUAAUCAGCAUCGUGAUGAGUGUGUGAGUCUGCUGACUUCUUCAGUAUUCGCUGACUGUGAGUCCCGUCUGAACCUGGAGAUGUAUGUUCAAGCCUGUAUGCAGGAUAAGUGUGCCUGCCAGGGAGCUGAGGAUUCCUUCUGCCUCUGUAACACCAUCUCUGAGUACUCUCGCCAAUGCUCCCAUGCUGGUGGCCGACCUGGAAACUGGAGGACAGAAGAGGUUUGCCCUAAGACGUGCCCUGGAAACAUGAUCUACCAGGAAAGCAGCUCACCAUGCAUAAGCACUUGUUCCCAUUUGGAGAUCAGCAGCCUUUGUGAGGAACACUUCAUGGAUGGUUGCUUCUGCCCUGAAGGAACUGUGUAUGAUGAUGUCAGUGGGAGAGGCUGUGUCUCUGUUAACCAAUGUCACUGCAAACAGCAUGGAUCCCUGUAUUCACCUGGGCAAAAUAUCACCAAUGAAUGUGAAGAAUGCAUCUGUGAUUCAGGCAGGUGGGUGUGCAAGCACUUACCCUGUCCAGGCUCAUGCUUAGUGGAAGGAGGUGCUCACAUCACCACCUUUGAUGGGAAGAAAUACACCUUCCACGGAGACUGCUACUAUGUGCUGUCCAAGGGAGGUAUAAAUGACACUCACGCUCUCCUGGCAGAGCUGUCUCCCUGUGGCUCUACAGACAAACAGACCUGUUUGAAGACUGUUGUGCUGUUAAUAGACAACAAAAAAAAUAUCUUGGUAUUCAGAUCAGAUGGCACUGUGCUGCUGAAUGAACUGGAAGUGCACUUGCCUCAUGUGACAGCAAGCUUCUCAAUUUUCCAGCCAACUUCAUACCAUAUCAUUGUGCAUACCUAUUUUAGUCUCAAGCUACAAAUCCAAUUGGUUCCAAUCAUGCAGCUGUUUGUGAUUGUGGAUCAAUCUGCCCAAGGAAAACUGCAAGGUCUUUGUGGGAAUUUCAAUGGCAUAGAAUAUGAUGAUUUUAAAACAGCUGGUGGGCUGGUAGAAGCUACAGGAUCUGCCUUUGCUAACACUUGGAAAGCACAAGCCACCUGUAAAGACCAAGUGGAUAAUUUGGAAGACCCUUGUGCUCUCAGCUUUGAAAAAAAUUAUGCUGAAUAUUGGUGUUCCUUACUGAAAAAUUUAGAAUCUCCUUUUGCCAGAUGUCACUCAGCCAUUGAUCCUGUGGAAUAUUAUAAGAGAUGUAAAUACGACACCUGCAACUGUAAGAACAGUGAAGAAUGCUUGUGUGGGGCUCUGUCCUCUUACGCAAGAGCCUGUGCCUUCAAAGGAAUCAUGUUGGGGCGCUGGAGACAAACUGUCUGCAACAAAGAAGUGUCCUCUUGCCCAGCAUCCCAGGUCUUCCGUUACAAUCUGACCACAUGUCAACAUACUUGUCGCUCCCUUGCUGAUGGUGAAAAGCACUGCUUGGAGGGCUUUAUUCCCAUUGAUGGCUGUGGCUGCCCUGAAAACACCUAUAUGAAUGAGAAGGGUAACUGUGUGCCCAUCUCCUAUUGUACAUGCUACUAUAGAGGGUCGUACCUGGAACCUGGGGAUGUCAUCAUGAAACAAGAAGAACGCUGUGUUUGCCGAAAUGGAAUUCUCCAUUGCACUCCAGUGAAGAUAAUAGAUGACAAGUGUCUGUCCCCCAAGAUUCACUUUGAUUGCAGCAGUGUCAAGUCUUGGUCUUCACAAACCCCUCUGCAACUAAGCUGCCAUACGCUGGAUACUGACUAUUUCCAGACAGAGUGUGUCUCACGGUGCGUGUGUCCUCGUGGACUGAUUGAUGAUGGCAGAGGGGGCUGUGUCAAGAAGAAGGACUGUCCAUGUAUUCAUAACAAGCAGUUUUAUGCUCCUGGACAGUCCGUAAAAGUGGACUGCAACAAAUGUACCUGCCGAAAAGGAAGAUGGGCCUGCACCGAUAAUGUGUGCUAUGGGACUUGUACUGUAUAUGGAAGUGGCCAUUAUAUCAGCUUUGAUGGAAAACACUAUGACUUUGAUGGACACUGUGAAUAUGUGGCUGUCCAGGAUUAUUGUGGCGAGGAUCGCAAUGGUUCGUUUAGUAUCGUCACAGUGAAUGUGCCAUGUGGAACCACCGGAGUCACCUGUUCAAAGGCUAUUAAAAUAUUUCUAGGGAGAACCGAACUGAAGUUUGAGGACAAGCAAUAUGUAGAAAUUCAGCGAGAUGUUGGCGACCAUAUACAGUAUUGGAAUCGUACAGUGGGGCUCUAUCUUGUUAUUGAGGCCAGCAAUGGCAUGAUGCUCAUCUGGGAUAAGAAGACUACUAUUUUCAUAAAGCUGACUCCUAAUUAUAAGGGCAAAAUCUGUGGUUUGUGUGGCAACUUUGAUGACAAGUCCAACAAUGACUUCACAACAAGGAACGGGCUGCUGGUGACCAAUCCUCUGGAGUUUGGUAAUUCUUGGAAACAGUCUGGCUCCUGCCCUGAUGUGGUGGAUGAGAUCCUGCCCUGCAGUCUAAAACCUCACCGCAAGUCCUGGGCAGAGAGGGAGUGCAGCAUCAUCUGGAGUGAAGUCUUUAAAGUUUGUCGCGACAAGGUGGACCCAACUCCAUUCUAUGAAAAUUGUGUUCAUGAUGCCUGCUCCUGUGACAGUGGUGGAGACUGUGAGUGCUUCUGUUCUGCAGUUGCUGCUUAUGCCCAAGAGUGCAUUAAGGCUGAAGCUUGCGUCUUUUGGAGAACUCCUGAUAUAUGCCCAAUAUUUUGUGAUUACUACAACCCUCGGAAUGAGUGUGAAUGGCACUAUGAGCCUUGUGGCCGUCACGUUGUGACCUGCAGGAUCAUUAACAAUGUCAGCUCCAACUUCUCAUUGCCAUAUCUGGAAGGUUGCUACCCCAGAUGCCCUAAAGAAAAGCCCAUUUUUGAUGAAGACCUCAAAGAAUGUGUAACUGAAGUUGAAUGUGGCUGUUAUGUAAAUGGCAUUCGUUAUGAAACUGGCUCAAGAGUACCCACAGAAGAUGAUUGUCUGAACUGUACCUGCAUCUCACCAGGAAUCGUGACGUGCUUACCAGUACCAGGCUGUACCACAACCACUCCACCCUCUACUACCACAGCCACCCCCACCACCACGCCAACAACUACUACAACUACCACUGUGCCACCGUCAACUACUACAACACAGACCACAACAACACCAUGUACACCUCUAUAUCAAUAUUGUUGGUGGUCUGACUGGAUUAGUGUGACUGAGCCAAAAUAUGGCCCAAAAUAUGGUGAUUAUGAAACCUAUGACAAAAUUAGAGCAUGGAAUGCCUCAGCCAUAUGUGAGAAUCCACUAAAUAUUUCGUGCAGAGCUCUGAAAUUCCCUGGCAUCCCCAUUGAAGAUUUAGGACAAAAACUGACAUGUGACGUUUCCACUGGGCUUAUCUGUAAUAAUAGAGACCAAAUCCCAGGAGGCAUGAUUCCGAUACCUAAGUGCCUCAAUUAUGAGAUCAGUGUUUACUGCUGCUCAUCAUUUUGCCACACAUCUACACCUACACCUACCACCACCACAGAAACAACUACCACAGAAACAACGACACCUACCACCACCACCACAGCAACAACUACCCCAGCACCAUGUACACCUCUAUCUCAAUAUUGUUGGUGGUCUGACUGGAUUAGUGUGACUGAGCCAAAAUAUGGCCCAAAAUAUGGUGAUUAUGAAACCUAUGACAAAAUUAGAGCAUGGAAUGCCUCAGCCAUAUGUGAGAAUCCACUAAAUAUUUCGUGCAGAGCUCUAAAAUUCCCUGGCAUCCCCAUUGAAGAUUUAGGACAAAAACUGACAUGUGACGUUUCCACUGGGCUUAUCUGUAAUAAUAGAGACCAAGUCCCAGGGAGCAUGAAUCCGAUGCCUAUGUGCCUCAAUUAUGAGAUCAGUGUUUACUGCUGCUCAUCAUUUUGCCCCACAUCUACACCUACACCUACCACCACCACCACCACAGAAACAACUACCACAGAAACAACGACACCUACCACCACCACCACAACAACAACUACCCCAGUUUCCACCACGACCCCUUCGACCUCUACAACACCAUGUACACCUCUAUCUCAAUAUUGUUGGUGGUCUGACUGGAUUAGUGUGACUGAGCCAAAAUAUGGCCCAAAAUAUGGUGAUUAUGAAACCUAUGACAAAAUUAGAGCAUGGAAUGCCUCAGCCAUAUGUGAGAAUCCACUAAAUAUUUCGUGCAGAGCUCUGAAAUUCCCUGGCAUCCCCAUUGAAGAUUUAGGACAAAAACUGACAUGUGACGUUUCCACUGGGCUUAUCUGUAAUAAUAGAGACCAAGUCCCAGGGAGCAUGAAUCCGAUGCCUAUGUGCCUCAAUUAUGAGAUCAGUGUUUACUGCUGCUCAUCAUUUUGCCCCACAUCUCCUCCUACACCUACCACCACCACCACAGCAACAACUACCCCAGCAACCACUCCUACCAUCACACCAACAACCACUACUAGCACUGAGCCCCCAACACCCAUUCCAGUGACCGCCCUGACAACCAGCACCACUAAACAUCCAACACUCACUUCAACCCCAACACCAACAACUACUACAACUAACACCACUAAGCCUUCAACCACUGCAACUACCACCAGGCCACCAUCAAGUGCUACAACAGGAACCACAAACAGUACUUCAAUGGCACCAUGUACACCUCUAUAUCAAUAUUGUUGGUGGUCUGACUGGAUUAGUGUGACUGAGCCAAAAUAUGGCCCAAAAUAUGGUGAUUAUGAAACCUAUGACAAAAUUAGAGCAUGGAAUGCCUCAGCCAUAUGUGAGAAUCCACUAAAUAUUUCGUGCAGAGCUCUGAAAUACCCUGGCAUCCCCAUUGAAGAUUUAGGACAAAAACUGACAUGUGAUGUUUCCACUGGGCUUAUCUGUAAUAAUAGAGACCAAGUCCCAGGAGGCAUGAUUCCGAAGCCUAAGUGCCUCAAUUAUGAGAUCAGUGUUUACUGCUGCUCAUCAUUUUGCCCCACAUCUACACCUACACCUACCACUACCACCACCACAGAAACAACUACCACAGAAACAACGACACCUACCACCACCACCACAACAACAACUACCCCAGCAACCACUCCUACCAUCACACCAACAACCACUACUAGCACUGAGCCCCCAACACCCAUUCCAGUGACCGCCCUGACAACCAGCACCACUAAACAUCCAACACUCACUUCAACCCCAACACCAACAACUACUACAACUAACACCACUAAGCCUUCAACCACUGCAACUACCACCAGGCCACCAUCAAGUGCUACAACAGGAACCACAAACAGUACUUCAAUAGCACCAUGUACACCUCUAUCUCAAUAUUGUUGGUGGUCUGACUGGAUUAGUGUGACUGAGCCAAAAUAUGGCCCAAAAUAUGGUGAUUAUGAAACCUAUGACAAAAUUAGAGAGUGGAACUCCUCUGCGAUAUGUGAGAAUCCACUAAAUAUUUCGUGCAGAGCUCUGAAAUACCCUGGCAUCCCCAUUGAAGAUUUAGGACAAAAACUGACAUGUGAUGUUUCCUAUGGGCUUAUCUGUAAUAAUAGAGACCAAGUCCCAGGAGGCAUGAUUCCGAAGCCUAAGUGCCUCAAUUAUGAGAUCAGUGUUUACUGCUGCUCAUCAUUUUGCCCCACAUCUACACCUACACCUACACCUACCACUACCACCACCACUACCACAGAGACAACGACACCUACCACCACCACCACCACCACCACGGUAACAACUACCACAGAGACAACGACACCUACCACCACCACCACGGAAACAACUACCCCAGAGCCAACGACACCUACCACCACCACCACCACGGAAACAACUACCACAGAGACAACGACACCUUCCACCACCACCACAGAAACAACUACCACAGAGACAACGACACCUACCACCACCACCACGGAAACAACUACCCCAGAGCCAACGACACCUACCACCACCACCACCACGGAAACAACUACCACAGAGACAACGACACCUACCACCACGGAAACAACUACCACAGAGACAACGACACCUACCACCACCACCACCACGGAAACAACUACCACAGAGACAACGACACCUACCACCACCACCACCACGGAAACAACUACCACAGAGACAACGACACCUACCACCACCACCACCACCACGGAAACAACUACCACAGAGACAACGACACCUACCACCACCACCACCACGGAAACAAGUACCCCAGAGACAACGACACCUACCACCACCACCACCACAGAAACAACUACCACAGAGACAACGACACCUACCACCACCACCACCACCACCACGGAAACAACUACCACAGAGACAACGACACCUACCACCACCACCACCACGGAAACAACUACCACAGAGACAACGACACCUACCACCACCACCACAGAAACAACUACCACAGAGACAACGACACCUACCACCACCACCACCACCACGGAAACAACUACCACAGAGACAACGACACCUACCACCACCACCACCACGGAAACAACUACCACAGAGACAACGACACCUACCACCACGGAAACAACUACCACAGAGACAACGACACCUACCACCACCACCACCACCACGGAAACAACUACCACAGAGACAACGACACCUACCACCACCACCACCACGGAAACAAGUACCCCAGAGCCAACGACACCUACCACCACCACCACCACAGAAACAACUACCACAGAGACAACGACACCUACCACCACCACCACCACCACCACGGAAACAACUACCACAGAGACAACGACACCUACCACCACCACCACCACGGAAACAACUACCACAGAGACAACGACACCUACCACCACCACCACCACGGAAACAACUACCACAGAGACAACGACACCUACCACCACCACCACCACGGAAACAACUACCACAGAGACAACGACACCUACCACCACGGAAACAACUACCACAGAGACAACGACACCUACCACCACCACCACCACAGAAACAACUACCACAGAGACAACGACACCUACCACCACCACCACCACCACGGAAACAACUACCCCAGAGCCAACGACUCCUACCACCACCACCACGGAAACAACUACCACAGAGACAACGACACCUACCACCACCACCACUACGGAAACAACUACCACGGAGACAACGACACCUACCACCACCACCACGGUAACAACUACCCCCCCACCUGGAUGUUGGUUACCUAAUGGUACUAUCAUUGAACCAGGUGAAAGCUACUGGCCAUGUAACUGCACCAAGGCAAUAUGCAUUAACAACGACACAUGGACGCUGGUUUCGAUUGAAUGUGACCUUCCUCCUAAGCCCACUUGUAUCAAUGGGCUCGCUCCUGUGCUGGUGCAGGGUGAAUGCUGUUGGCACUGGGAGUGUGACUGCUAUUGCACUGGCUGGGGAGACCCACAUUAUGUGACGUUUGAUGGACAUUAUUAUAGCUACCAAGGGAAUUGUACGUAUGUCUUGGUGGAAGAGAUUAACAAAAAGAUUGACGACUUUGGGGUCUACAUUGACAACUAUCACUGCAUUGCACAGGACAGAGUGUCCUGUCCACGCACACUCAUCGUGAGAUACGAGACCCAGGAAGUGCGCAUAAAGACUAUCACAAUGAUUCCUCUCAAAGUACAGGUGACGGUAAACAAUCGGGAAGUGGCUACACCUUAUGAAAAAUACGGUGUGAGAGUCUUUAAGUCAGGCAUAAAUCACGUAGUGGAAAUUUCUAGACUUGGGGUAAAUGUAACCUACAAUGGAUUGGCUUUCUCAAUUAGAUUGCCCUACCAGAGGUUUGGCAACAACACCCAAGGACAGUGCGGCACUUGUACCAACAACACAGCAGAUGACUGCAUGUUACCUGGUGGAGAGAUCAUAGGUAACUGUGAAACCAUGGCAGAUCAUUGGGUGAUUGAAGACCCUGAAAAGCCACACUGCUAUCCAUCAAUAACUUCUACAGAGGCACCUCCUGUCAUUCCACCAACCUGCAUACCAUCCAAUCUCUGCAAGCUCAUUAAAGAAGGCCCGUUCACAGCAUGCCAUCCCUUUGUCAACCCUGACCACUACUAUGCAGCCUGCGUUUUCGACAGCUGCGCUCUUCCCAACUCUAAAUUGGAGUGUGCAAGUUUGCAAAACUAUGCUGCUCUCUGCGCUGAUCAGGGGGUCUGUGUUGAUUGGAGAGGCCAUACUCGUGAUAUCUGCCCGCUUAAGUGCCCAUCAGACAAAGUAUACAAAGCAUGUGGUCCUAUUGAAGAGGUGACCUGCAAGUCAAGCCAAGUUGCACAAAACCAAAUCAGUCAUGUGGAAGGCUGCUUCUGUCCUGCUGGAACAAUGCUUUAUGGUGAUGGUGUGGAUGUCUGUGUAAAAACCUGCGGGUGUGUUGGACCAGAUAAUAAACCAAGAAAGUUUGGGGAAAUUUUUGAGUUUGACUGUAAGAGAUGCAUUUGCCUGGAGGGUGGAAGUGGCAUUAGCUGUCUGCCCCUCCAAUGUCCAGAGCAAAAGGAUAAACCAAGCUGCAGUGAUGAAGGCUUUUACGAGGUCAUUGAAGUCAAUCCUGACAACAUCUGCUGCAGCAUAACUUCCUGCAGAUGCAACGCGAGCUUUUGCACAACCAAACCUCCUAAAUGUAAAAUUGGUUAUGAACCUGUUUCCGAUAUUGCCACUGGCAAGUGCUGUCCUACGUAUAAGUGCGUUCCCAAGAAGGUCUGUGUGCUUCAGAAUGCUGAGUACAUGCCUGGUUCCCCAGUCUUUGCUGAUAAGUGCCACGAUUGUGUCUGCACUGAGAAAUCGAACAGUAGUGGUCUGAAUGUCAUUUCAUGCAAGCACAUUCCAUGCAAUGAAGGGUGCCAGCCAGGAUAUGAACUUAAAGAUGUGAAAGGGGAAUGCUGUCCAAAAUGCGUGCAGACCAAGUGUGUUGUAAAUAAGGGUGACAGCACCGUCCUCAUCUUGAGUCCUGGUGAAAUGGAAAAUGAUCCAAAAGACAACUGCACCGUUUAUAGCUGUGUAUCGAUCAAAGGUCAGCUCAUCUCCUCCACCUCAGAGAUUACCUGCCCAUCGUUCAAUGAGGAGAAUUGUAAAGCUGGCACAGUUACACUGCUGCCUAAUGGUUGCUGUAAAACAUGCAUCCCUCGCGACAGCCCAUCACCAUGUUCUGUCACCCAAAUCGUGGACCAUAUCACCCAUAAGGGCUGCCGUUCUGUGGAUAAAGUCUACCUGACUCAAUGUGAAGGAUCAUGCGGAACCUUCUCAUUAUACUCUGCUGAGGCCAACUCCAUGGAGCACAAGUGUUCCUGCUGCAGGGAGGCAGCGACUAGCGAGAAGCAAGUUCUACUGCAAUGCCCCAACGGGAAAUCUGUGGUGCACAAGUACCUGCACGUGGACCGUUGUGAAUGUCUUGACACUGAAUGCACAGAACCCAGCUCCUCAGGAGAGUCAAAGGAAAGUGAAGAACAGAGUUCAAUCGAACGUGUCAAGCGGGCCAUUCAGAAAAUAUUGAAAUGA